AAUCAAAACUCGACAACACAUUUACAUCGUCCACGUUCAGAACCGGCGAACUACUCACACAUUUGUGGGAGAGGAAACGACGUAAACAUGUUUUAUUCAGUUGCAUUGAUUGCUCUCUUUUCUCUAGCAAGUGCUAGCGAUGUCCUAGAAUUCACCGACGCCGACUUUGCAAGUAAAAUUGCUGAUCACGACGUUAUUCUUGUGGAAUUCUUUGCGCCAUGGUGCGGACAUUGCAAGAAAUUGGCCCCAGAGUAUGAGAAGGCAGCCACCACUCUGAAGAACAAUGACCCCCCUGUUUCUCUUGCCAAGGUUGAUUGCACAGCUAACACAGAGGUGUGUGGCAAGUACGGGGUCAGUGGCUACCCCACACUUAAAAUCUUCCGUGGUGGAGAGAUGUCUGAGGACUACAACGGGGCUCGUGAAGCAGAUGGCAUUGUGAAGACCAUGAGAGCCAAGGCCGGUCCCGCAUCUAAAGAAUUGAAGGAUGUUGCAGAUGCUGAAAAAUUUGUGGCCAACUUUGAAUACGGAGUUGUUGGUUUCUUCAGUGGUGAUAACGAGGCUGCCAAGACAUUCCAGAAGGUGGCAUCUGCCAUGAACACUGAGAUGAGGUUCGCUCACUCCUACAGUGAUGAGGUCAACAAAAAAUUUGGAUACAAAGAUGACAUCGUGCUGUUCCAGCCCACACGUCUACAGAGCAAGUUUGAGGAGGCCAAGCUCAAGUACACUGACGAUGUCACCGUCUUCAAGGUCAAAAACUGGAUCACCUCCAACAGCCUUGGACUGUGUGGUCAUCGUACCUCUGACAACGCUGACAAGUUUGGCAAGCCCACAGUGGUUGCCUACUUUGAAGUGGACUUUGUGAAGAAUGUCAAGGGAACUAACUACUGGAGAAACAGGGUAAUGAAGGUGGCCAAGAAGUUCAAGGACGAGGGCAAGACUGUUACAUUUGCCGUCAGCAACAAGAACGACUUCAACCACGAGCUCACCGAAUUCGGAAUGGACUCCGUCAAGGGAGAUAAGCCUGUAGUUGCUGCCCGUGAUGCCCAGAACCAGAAGUUUGUCAUGUCUGGGGAAUUUAGCCCUGAAAGCCUAGAGCAGUUUGUGAACAAUCUUUUGAAUGGCAAAUUGGAAGCAUACAUGAAGUCAGAACCUGUACCAGACAAUUCUGCCAAUGAUGUCAAGGUUGCAGUGGCCAAAAAUUUUGCAGAAGUCGUUCCAGACGAUAAGGAUGUUUUAAUAGAGUUUUAUGCUCCCUGGUGCGGCCAUUGCAAAUCCCUGGAGCCCAAAUAUAAGGAGCUUGCUGAAAAGCUCAAGGAUGAGUCCGAGGUGGUGAUAGCUAAGAUGGAUGCCACCGCCAACGAUGUCCCCCCGCAGUAUCAGGUCCAGGGCUUCCCAACUAUUUACUAUAAGCCUAAGGGAUCAUCUCCCAAAAAAUAUGAGGGUGGCAGGGAAGUUGAUGAUUUUGUAAAAUACCUUGCCAAGGAGGCUACAAAUGAGCUCAAAGGCUUCGGCAGGGAUGGAAAGAAAAAGAAGGCAAAGAAAACUGAUUUGUAGAUAUCUCAUUAAUCUAGGAAACAUUCUGUCCAUCUUUGUUUUGUUUUUCAUGUUUUCUCAUUGCAAGUGGUUUGAUGUCACAAGAAACAGUGUGAAUUCCAGCAAAAAUUGUGCUAUGAGUGUUUUUGAGUAUUUUUGUUGAAUGAUCGAUAUCAAGUACUGGAUAUACAACGCGUGGACCUUUUUAUCGUUUUGAAACCAUUGUCAGCAUUGUUUUCGUACCAAAAUGAAUAGAAAAUUGUAGGUAGAGAUAAUUUAAUAUAAAUUUCCUCUUGCUAAUUUAAUUAUUCUCAUAUAUGUUUUUCAUGCAGUUUUAUUACUAAAUCAUUUUGUUUUUCUUAUUUAAGCUAUAGACUUAGAUGCCAAUUUUAAUAAUAAUUUUGGAAAUUUUGAUGUUGUUUUUCAUUUUUUUUAAAGUUUAUCUUUUUAUUUAGAAAGACAUUUGACAUUUAUUGUUUUGCUCAUUCAAGAUUUGUUUUUAUUAUGUGGGCCAAUUAUCUGGUUGUUAUUAUCGGUAUAAGUUUUCGUAAAAUACUAUUUUUGUAGCAAAUACAACAAUGUUAUUGGUUGUUCCAUGUGUUAGGUAUGUUAUAAUGCACAUUGUCAUAUUUAUUUACAAGAAUUCAUAAAACUGUGUGCAUGUACUUUUUCUAAAUUUAUAGUCCUAAGAAAAAAAUGUGCAUCUGUAUUGACUUUAAAUGACGAUUUAAUCAACAAAUAACACAUUUUUAUGUUGAAAAAAUCUUGCAUUCAGCACUACAUUAUAUUUCUAUAUUAAAGCAAAUUCCAUGCGGGCCAUAAAUAAUAUUUAUUAACUAUUUGUUGUUGGUAUGUUUACAUGUCCAUUUGAUGUAUGCAUGUUUUGAGUGUAUUCCAUUGUGCUGGAAAGCCUUAUAUAAAUAUAUCAGUCGAUGAUUGAUUGAUCAUGCAUUUCAGCUGAAGUUGAAUGAACGUUUCAUGCUUUGUCCAGUCGGUCUGGAUAAAUACUUGGAUACAAAAAAUCAUGUUAUGAUAUACAGCAUCAAUAAAAAAUAACAAUACA